CAUCUAUCAUUUUUAUUGCAAGUAAACAAGAGGAAUUUGUUUUGGAAAUGUUUAACGAUUAACCGGAAGAUAAUCGUUGAAAACAUUCGUGCAGUCACAAACCGAAACAAUCGAAAUGUUUUAUUUUUAGAAAUAAAAAAUAAACAUGGAAGAAAAUUCGACUGACAGAAAACGCAUGAAAACCGAGGAAAAAUCCGAGGAGAGCUCAUCGUCGUCGUCGAACAACACGGAACAAGAAUCUGCCAGCACAAGCAACGACAGUGGGUUUCCUAGAAGCAUUUCGAACAGGGCUCGAAACUACAGAACAAGAACCAACGAUGAUGAAGACAGAAGUAACUCUGAACAUGAUGCUGACGAUGAAGCUACAGUUCCUACAAUGGAAAGUGAGAAUGAAUUGGGACUUGGAAGUCCAGCAAGUUCUGUAUCGACUGUUAUCAUAUCAGAAAGCGAUUUGGACUCUGAAAACGAAGAAUGUGCAGUUCUAAAAAAAGAAAAACCUAAACACAAUUGGUUUGCUAUAAAAGAACUUAGUGGAAGGCAAAAUGGCUACAGCGCCAGACUGCAAGGGUCCGAGCUGUUCCAGCGCCGCUGCUACGGCUCUUUGCGCAACGUGCAACGGCUCGAGCUGAUGUCGAAGUUGGAGGAGCACGACGGCUGCGUCAACAGCCUCAACUUCCACCCGGACGGCGGGCUGCUGGCCAGCGGCUCCGACGACCUGAAGGUGUGCCUGUGGGACUGGAAGGUGGGCAAGUGCCUCAUCAAGUACGACACCAAGCACAGGGGGAACGUGUUUCAGAGCAAGUUUCUCAAUCUGAGCGGCGAUCUGCACAUCGCCACUUGCGCCAGGGACGGACAGGUUCGUUUAACGAGAGUGUGCAGAGAGGAAGGGGUGCGCGAAAAUCGUAAAAUGGGGGCCCACAGGGGGCCCUGCCACAAGCUUGCCUUGAUCAACGACCAACCCCAAGUUUUACUCAGCGCCGGCGAAGACGGCCUGGUGCUCAGUCAUGACGUCAGACGACAAAAACCAACCAAAGUAGUUAAUGUUAGAGAAGACGAACGAGAAAUCGCCCUGUACAGUGUUCAUUGUAAUCCCUUAAAAACCAACGAAUUUUGCGUGAGUGGUAGAGACCAUUUUGUUAGGACCUAUGAUCAAAGAAAAACCGAUAAGGAAUUGGGAAGAUAUUUUCCUUUUGUAGAAUUUUUUCACGGCAACCUGCACGUGACUUGCGCAGUGUACAACCACGACGGCAGCGAGAUCCUCGCCUCGUACAACGACGCCGACAUCUACCUGUUCGACGUGAACGACCAGAAGAAGGGCGCCUUCGUGCACAAGUACCAGGGGCACAGGAACGGCGCCACGAUCAAGGGCGUCAACUUCUUCGGGCCGCGCUCCGAGUUCAUAGUGAGCGGAUCGGAUUGCGGGAACGUUUUCUUCUGGGAGAGGAACACCGAGGCCAUCGUGCAGAUGAUGCUGGCCGACGACAGCGGAGUGGUAAAUUGUCUGGAGCCGCACCCCCAACUGCCGUUCAUCUGCACCAGCGGUCUCGAUUACGACGUCAAGGUGUGGGUGCCGUCCCGCGAAACGGAACCGGAAAUGAAGGACCUGGCCGACACCGUUCUCGAGAACUCCAAGUCGCGCAUGUCCUGGGGCAACGAGGUCAACGAGAGCCAGAUGCUGCUGAUGCUGUGGCGCCAUCUGCGCACCACCAGAGUACGGAGGGUAAUUCAUGAGGCUUCGAGUUCCGAAGAUAUUUUUUCUCGCCUAGUCGGUGAAAGUAGUAGUGCGAAUAGUUCGUCAUCAAACUCGAGUUCGAAUGAUGAAGACGACGAUUUAGACGGGAAUCCCGCAGGGUGCUCAACCUCAUAAACAACGAAUUAAAACUGAUUAAUUAUUAUUUGAAUUCCGAUCAUAUACAACAGAGAUUUGCCCCCCCUCCCCUUCCCUCCCAAGAUGAAAUUAUUGUACGAUAAUUUUAUUAUUCAUUUAAUUUGAUCAGGUCCACUUUAUUUUGUUAAUCAUUAUACUCUUUUAAAUUUAGCAUAUUUUUAGUUACACAAAGUCUGUUAUGUGUAUAAAAAUAUCUUGUUGAUUAUUUUUGAAAAUAUUUGUUUAGUUGGUUAAACAAAUGCAAAUGUGAUUAUUUAUUAAUUAUAGCUAAUAAAGAUU